ACUCGCUGCGAACAACUGCUAAAAUACCCGAAUACGAGUGCUGAUCCAGAAUAGGCUAGCACGUGUUUGUAGGCAGGGGCAAUUUAUCUUGGUUCCUGAACAACUCCCACUGCAGCAAUCAUCCGUCGCGCACAACUAAAACAGACGACGCGGUUCGGCAAUCAAGUUCACCAACACGCUCUACUCCUGUCCGGAGCACUAUUUCCUGCUCUACCGCAGCUUCUUGUUUUGCAGUGAUAGCAGGAAGACUUCGGGAACUCGGUCUGGCCGAUGUAUUAUCUGAAGCCCGCGUGGCUGACUCAUCAUGAGGGCCAAAAGCGAUUUGAAGUUUAUUCGGUUGAUGUCCAUCCAGAUGGUACGAGAAUCGCCUCUGGGGGACUAGAUGCCAAAGUACGGAUAUGGUCAACCGCUGCGAUCUUUAGCUGUGCCAAGAGCGACGGCACUGACGGUGAGGUCAACGGGGGAGUGAAGGUGCCGAGUGAUUACACUGGUCCGAAGCAGCUAUGUAGCAUGAGCACGCAUUCAGGUGCCGUGACAACCGUACGAUUUUCUCCCUCUGGCCGGUACCUGGCUUCGGGAUCGGAUGACAGAGUCAUAUUAGUGUGGGAGCGUGACGAGGAGGCUCAUGAUGUCCCCAGGAAGGAGUUUGGCGCGCAGGGCGAGGCUGACACCGAGCGGUGGGUUGUACGCCGGAGAUGUGUCGGACACGAUAACGACGUCCAGGAUCUCGCCUGGUCUCCAGAUUCGAGCAUAAUGGUCAGCGUUGGAUUGGAUUCGGGAGUCAUUAUUUGGAGCGGAACGACGUUCGAGAAGAUCAAAAGACUGGAUAUACAUCAAUCGCACGUCAAGGGAAUCACAUUCGAUCCCGCAAACAAGUAUUUUGCUACGGCAUCCGACGAUCGCACGAUAAAAAUUGUCAGAUAUCAUCGUACGGCUUCUAAUGAUUUGCUUUUCUCUAUCGAUACCACUGUCACAGCUCCGUUCAGCGGAUCCCCCCUAACCACGUACUUCCGGCGCUGCUCUUGGUCUCCGGAUGGUAGUCAUAUUGCCGCUGCGAACGCGACUAACGGGCCAGUGGCCACGGUUGCGAUUAUCAAUCGAGGUGUCUGGGACAGCGAGAUCAACCUGAUCGGCCACGAAGGACCGGUCGAGGUGGCCGCGUUUUCUCCGCGAAUGUUCGCUAAAGUUAAGGGGUCGAAGCAGCUUGUUACGGUGAUUGCAUGCGCUGGACAGGAUAAGGCGUUAAGUGUGUGGAAUACAUCAAAUCCUCGGCCGAUCGUUGUUUCCCAGGAUGUUGCGGAGAAAGCGAUCACUGACCUUGCUUGGGGGCCUGACGGACAGACGCUAUUUGCUAGCUCUCUUGACGGAAGUAUUGCCGUUUGCAUGUUUGAGGAAGGAGAUCUGGGAUACAUUAUUUCAAAGGAAGAGAACGAGAAGCAGCUCGCCAAAUAUGGCGGAGGACGUGAUGCAAUGUAUUACCCUGAGAGCGUCGAACAACUCGCGCUUGAGGAGAAGUCAGCGAAGAGCACGGCCGCCGAUACGAACGGGAAGAAGCGAAUCGAAGAUAUAAUGGGCGAAACGGUUAGCACCUCUUUGACGACCGUGUCUUCGAAACCCGAAGUCCCCGCUUCUACGGUCACUUCUACUUCUAUCGCAGUUACUACCGCGGAGCCGUCUCCGCAAGUUUCUGAACCGCCAGCUUCCGUUUCGACUUCCAUUGUACCUGUUUCGUCCAGCGUUAAAGCAGAGCCGGAAAAACUGCGCGCGCAAAAGGUGACAAUUACAAAAGAAGGACGGAAGAGAGUAGCACCUAUGCUAAUCUCGGGCUCUGGUGCAUCGGCGGCCGUUUCGAAUUCGAGCAUCGUGACAGCAUCCUCAGGCUCAAGGCAAAUGAUGGUACCGGUAGGAACGGUGAAUCAGUAUGACGAGCCUUCAAACAACUUGCCUCCGGGAGGAAUCCGCAGUCUUGUAGUAGGAAACAAAAGAAAAUUGCAAGACGGCGAGGAGUCCGAACCAGACGCAAAACGUGCGGCCGGGGAAGUCGAGGCGCCAGAGUUCAUCCGCCCGUCGGCUAUUGCACCGUCGAUAGCGGUUUCGCAAGUUCGUCUUGCUGUGCCAAAGGUGAAAACGGUCCUGAGUGUUGAGGACGGUGCCUUGUUUGAAGUCCGGAAUGGCAACGGUGGCGAGAAGGAGCCGACAAGAAUUGCAUUACAGCGGAAAGGCCAGCUUCUGUGGAGUAAUUAUCUGCCGAAAAUGGCUCUACUUGCUGCGGGGAGUCCGUUAUUCUGGGCGGUGGCAUGUGAGGAUGCGUCCAUCCAUGUUUACUCGCCAACCGGGAGGGCUCUGGUGCCAACGAUUGUUGUUGAGUCUACGCCAUGCUUCUUUGAUUGCGCAGGAAAGUAUUUGAUGUGUUUGACUAGUUCAGGCUUAGUCUAUACUUGGAACAUACAAAGCAAGAAAGCUGUGCAUGCACCGGUCUCUGUUGCGCCAAUCUUGGACGCGGCUACGUACGGUGACGACACCUUGCACAAGGCACCGGCAAUCACGAAAUGCACUCUGAGACCAAACGGCUCACUGAUUGUGACGCUGACGAAUGGCCAAGGCUACACUUAUUCGACCGAAAUGGGCGUCUGGCACCGAAUAUCAGAGUCCUGGUGGGCGGUUGCGUCGCAGUACUGGGAUUCUUCGGGAAUGGGACGCGCUGGCGCUGGUGGAGCGGUGAAUACGAUCGAGCGGCGAACGGACGAGGAAGUGAAGAGAGCUGGCAAAGGAAGAUUCUUGCAGCGUCUGGUGAAAAGCGCGAUGAUGAGAGAGGGCUACGAGGGAAUCCAGGGUACGGUGUCAAUUGCGCAUCUUGAGAACCGGAUCGAAGCGGCUGUGCUGCUCGGAUCUGCCGAGGAGUUCAAGUCGAAUAUGAUCAUAUACGCCAAAAAGCUUGCGUUGGAAGGCAUGAGCGAUCGCCUUGAUGAGCUUUUUAGAGAGCUCUACGGACCUCUAGGCGUUGUCAUUGCCUCUUCGAAGACAUCAGAGCAGCCGAUCAGUUACGCGUCUGAGAUUUGCGGGAUGAACAAGAAAGAACUGCUGAAGGAGCUGAUUGUUACUAUCGGAAAAGAGCGUGCAGUGCAGCGAGUUACGGUGCCAUAUGCCCGCCUGUUGGGAAUUCUUGAGGUUGAUAUGACGGACGAGUGAUUGUGCCGGAGAAGCACGGAAAAGAAAGAUUAAAGCUGAGGCCUCUGGUCAUUAAGACGGUCGAUGACGCGCAAAAGAUGCUAUUAUGUAUAUUAUUACUAUUUAUCACUAUUUUUACUGCUAGUUUGCUCUAUAUAUCCUAAUUAUUGAAUGUCAUGUGACUAUAAGCACAAAC